CCCCUCCAUCCGACGCCGCAAACAUACUGUGGAUCCAUUUUGCCCUUAUAACCCCGAGCUACAUUUACCCUGCCUAUCAGGUCCGCCCCGUCCAGAAACAAUCACCGCACACGAGCUCGUCAUCGCGGCACAUGGUCUCAUCACGCAUAUAAAGAUACGGACGCGGGAUUUGCGCGCUCCCGCCCUCGACGCGUUCUUGUCCUCGGCAAGUCAGGUUUCCACAGCAGGAGUGCUCCCCGCUUUCUGGUCAGCUGGUACUGGGCAUUCACCGCCUUUCUACCGCAUUCCCUCCACUUCAUAAGGGCUUGUCAAGUGCACACCUGCUCAGCCGAGUACGAUGUUCCCCCAGCGUCUUGCGGUUGCGGUUCUCGCGUCGAUUGCGCUCGCGCGUGCGGCGGUCCUCCCGAGGAAUGAGGUCGGUGUAGGACGGCACGGCGCGGUGGUUACGGAGGUCGCGCAGUGCUCGGAUAUCGGUCUCGAGAUGCUCCUCGUUGGAGGCUCUGCAGCGGACGCGAUUAUUGCUGCUGGUCUCUGUGUUGGCACGAUCAAUGCCUUCCACUCUGGCAUUGGCGGCGGAGGCUUCCUCCUCGCGCGCUCGGGUCCUGGGCAGUACGAGACUAUCGACUUCCGUGAGACCGCACCCGCGGCCGCUUCGGAGACCAUGUUCGUCGAUAGCCCCAAUAAAACCGCCUCCACUAUCGGUGGCCUCGCCGUCGGCACACCCGGCGAGAUUGCAGGCUGGCAUCUCCUCUGGGAGCGUCAUGGCCGUCUGCCCUGGGCCGCGCUCUUCCAGCCGGCGAUCCGUCUGGCGCGCUUCGGCUUCGCCGUCCCUGCGGACCUCGCCGCCGCGCUUGACGCGGAGGAAUACCCCUUCUUGCUCUCCGACCCCCUCUGGGCGGAGACGUAUGCGCCAAAUGGCACUUUGCUGAAGGAGGGCGAGACGUGCUUCCGCACGCGCUUCGCCGAUGCGCUCGAGGUCAUCGCCAACGAAGGGCCGCAAGGCUUCUACUCUGGCUCCAUCGCCGAGAACAUCGUUCAGGCCUCCCAGGGCGCAGGCGGCGUCCUCACCACCGACGACCUCGCGAACUACAGCGCCAUCGUGCGCGCGCCGAACAACAUCACCUACCGCGACAAGGCGCGCAUCUUCUCCACCGUCGCGCCGAGCUCGGGCACGGUGGUCCUGAGCACGCUCAAGGUGUUCGAGGGCUUCAACGGGAGCGCGCAGCUCGGCGAGGCGGGCAUUAACGAGACGACGCACCGGCUGAUCCAGGCGACGAAAUUUGGGUACGGCGAGCGCACGGGAUACGGGGACCCGGCGUACACUGCGAACGUGACUGAGCUGGAGCUAGAGAGCCUGCAGCCGGAGACGGUUGAGGCCGUGCGUAGCUUGAUCGCGGACAACGAGACGUUCACGCCGUCGUAUUACGACCCGUCGGGGUACAUUGUGCUCGAUGAUCACGGUACUUCACAUCUUGCUGCCGUCGAUGAGUAUGGUGGCGCUGUGUCGCUAACGACCACUGUCAACUUGUACUGGGGCUCCCAGGUCAUGACUGAAGAUGGCAUUGUCCUCAACGAUGAGAUGGAUGACUUCAGCUCACCUGGCCUCACCAACGCCUUCGGCUUCGCUCCUAGCCCGGUCAACUACAUUCGUCCUGGCAAGCGCCCUACGUCUUCGAUCGCCUCCUCCAUCGCGGAGGACAUCAACACCGGCGACCUCCUUAUCGCCACUGGUUCUGCAGGCGGCUCGCGCAUCAUCACCGCGACCCUCCAAAAUCUGCACUUCCACCUCGACCGCGGCUACAACGCCACCCAGGCCGUCCACACCGCGCGCUUCCACGACCAGCUCGGCGAGAGCACGCUCUUCGAGGGUCUCUGGAACUCAACCGACAACGGCGCUAACUAUGCGCAGGCAUCAUCCAAGGGUGUCACGCCCUACGAUAACAGCACCGUCGCGUACUUGAUCGGGCUCGGGUACAACGUUACGAGCGAGGACGUGACGGGGUCGACGAGCCAUGUUAUCGUGCGGAGUGCGGACGGGACGCUGGAGGCGGCGAACGACCCAAGGAAGUCGGCGGGUGGGGGUGCUGCAUACUAGACGUGAAUAUGGAGGAGGAUAAGUUAUGGUACAGGUGGUGCUUAUACCAAGAAGGGUCCUGUGUACAUGUACAUAUCGCCUAAUGCCUAUUUAUGAAUAGCGAGUGCUUGAGGUAGUUGGUGGAUGGUGUUGCGCGGGCGGGCGCAGACGAAUACGCGGUCAUUGCGAGGCAUAGCAAGCGGAUAGCGAUGGGGGAGCGCGAGGUAUGAAAGCGAAUGUCACUGGGUAUCUGGAGAGGGAAGAUCAGCGACUGUUUGGCGCGGAUCUUGGGAGGCGUUUCGAGAGAUCUUACCUACAAAUCGGUAGUCGUUAAGCGGGUUCAUGAAUAUCGUGGCUGUAUGCCUGCAGCAGCCUCCAGCCUGAGGACU